AUGGCGAAAAAGGAGCAACAUCCCCUCUUCAACCUCAGGAGCCUGAAGAAGUUUGGCUUGGCCCCUGAGACCCUCACAAACCUAUACAGAUGCACCAUUGAGAGCACUCUCUGGCAUAACGACUACCACAGUUGCGGUCACAACAACAACAGCUGCUUCGACUACAACAACAGCUGCUGUGACGGCAACCACAGCUACACCAACAACAACCACAGCAGCCACCACCACAAUCACAGCAGCCGCCACCACAACCACUACUGCUCCUACUACAACCACAGCUGCUGCCAUGUCAACCACAGAUUUUCCAACUACAACCACAAAUGGAGUCACAACAACCACAGUUUCUCCCACAACAACCACAGCUGCUGCCACCACAACCACAAAUGGAGUCACAACAACCACAGUUUCUCCCACAACAACCACAGCUGCUGCCACCACAACCACAGCUGCUGUCACAACCACCACUGCAUGAAUGACAACCAAAAUUGCUCCCACAACCACCACAGCCACCACAACCACAACUACUAA